AUGCCCAAAAGAAAAUCGACGCCGGCGCUGGGCCUUGCCUCCAAAGCAAUUGACCCCACCCUCGAUGCCCUCUUCGCCUCCAGUUCUGGACCCGUAAAAGCGCCUCUCAAGACGCGCUAUCCGGCGGCGCAGGAGCUCAGUGUGCCUGACACCAAAGACAAAGAGGUCGGCGACCAGGAAGUUGACGACGAGGUCCUCUCUGAAGCAAGCCAAGAGCUAGACUAUGGCGACGAAGACGAGCCCACCUCGGAUGGCUCCAGGAAUGACGCACAAGGCGAAAGAGCUACGAGUGCCGACAACGCCAUCUCCGCCGACGAGACGUCGGAGACGGAAAAGCCAAGACGAGAGCGGAAACGCAAAAGAAAGGAAGACAACGAAGACCUCGAAGCCAACUAUCUUGCGGAGCUGACCAAGCACGAUGUCACCGAGCCCGCCGAGAAGCGCCUGAAAGCUGAACAAGGCGACGUCGAUGGCGACCAAGACGUGCCUGUGCAUGAAAGCCUGGGUCAAGACUCCGGCGCACCAGAUCUGGAAAAGGCAGGCCGAACCGUGUUUCUGGGCAACGUGUCCGCGGAAGCCAUCACCUCCAAAAAGGCCAAGAAGAUGCUCAUUACCCACCUGUCGUCGGUCCUCGAUCAGAAUGACACGGCAGCCCCUCAGAGGCUAGAGUCGAUCCGCUUCCGCUCCGUCGCCUUUUCUACCGGCUCCAUGCCCAAGAGAGCUGCCUACAUCACAAAGUCGGUCAUGAGCGCUACGACCCAGUCUGCCAACGCCUACGCCGUCUUCUCAUCGCCCGCAGCCGCAAGAAAGGUUGCUGCCGAACUGAAUGGGAGCGAGGUCUUGGGCCGGCACAUCAGGGUAGACAGUGUCGCCCACCCAAGUGUCAUGGCUCACCGGCGUUGCGUCUUCGUGGGCAACCUGGGCUUCGUGGACGACGAGACGGUCCUCAAGACGGACAGCACAGGCAAGACGGGCAAGGUGGAAAACGUCCGCGUUGUGCGAGAUCCCAAGACCAGGGUGGGCAAGGGCUUUGCUUACGUGCAGUUUUAUGACGGCAAUGACGUCGAAUCUGCUCUGCUACUCGACGGCAAAAAGUUUCCACCCAUGCUCCCCCGACCGCUCCGUGUGACCCGAGCAAAGGAUCCCCGCAAGACGGCCUCGGCCCAGGAGCGCAUCAAGGCAAAGGCAAUCGCAUCCAGCGAAGCCGAGCGCAGAACCAAGUACGAGCACAAGUCGACGGCCGAGGAACAGGCCGCCGCGGGGCGUGCCGGCAAGCUCCUCGGCCGCGCUGGUGCCGCCAAACACCGGAUCAGGGCUCCCGGCGGCGUCAACAAGUCGCCCGAGCAGAUCGUCUUCGAGGGCAGGAGGGCGUCGGCCAAGGACGGCCGCCCCAAGGACCUCAAGCUGGGCAAGAAGUCGUCCGGGAAAUCGGGGAGGCCCAAGAACAGGGGUGCGCGCCGGGCGGCGGGGUGGAAGAAGUCGGCGUAG